UUAUGAAACAUUUAAUGGUUUUGUAAAAAAAAGCCGCGAGCUAAUUUAAAACCGCCAUUUUGUUAAUGGAUAAAAAGAUAAGAUUAUCACUACUGCUGUUUCAAACAUGUGCCGCUCUGAUCACUAUACAACUAACAGUUCCAUCACUUGCCUUCAAAAAGACAUCUAAUAUUGAUGAGUUUAUGGUUCAAAAUCAAAGAACCCGUAUGAGACAAAACUAUAUUCUACAAAGAGCUUUAAACAACGACAUGGACGACGCUGAAUUAGGAAUAACAUAUGUAACUAAACCAUUCGACACUAAUACUAAUACCGAAGAGUUACCAGAAUUCAUAGUAGAUUACGCAAAUAUGAUAAGAAACGAUAUUAUUUUAUUAGACAAUUCCUUUGAAACGAGGACUAGGAGAGGAAAUAUUAAAAAGGAAAAAUAUGGUCAAGGAGAUGGAAAUGAUAUCCCUUGUAGUUGUGAAGAGAAAACCAAGAAACCGAUAAUUUUGGGUGACGAUUACAUUCCUCGCUCCAUUGAAACUAGAAUCUGCAAUGAAAGUCUAUGUCCCCCACCCUAUGGUUGCCUCAAACGUUUUCAUAACAUAACUGUAUUGAAAAGAAAGAGAAACACAGAUGAGGAAUCUCAAGACGAACUACCCGAUGAUCUCAUGAAGAGAUGGAUCGCCGUGAAAAAAGUAGUAACGGUUGGAUGUAUGUGUGUCAGAGACUACAUUGACUAUAAUAACUGAGCUAUUGGCAAAGAAUCACGAUCAAGUUCUAAAAGAACACGAGAUAAAUGUAAAAAAAAUACGAAAAAAAAUUGAAACAUCUCAUAAAUAAUCAACAAAUGCAAUUUUAUGUAUCAUAAUAAAGUGAUAUUGUAGAAAUAUGAAAAAAUAUUAAGUAAAUAAUUGAUCUCUUUUUAGUUA